AAUGGGAGUUUUUGGCAAUGGCCUCCUACUAGGUCUCCCCAAUUGGUACAAAUACAAAUGCAUCUCUUUGAUAUCUAUCCUCAAGAAGGAGAAAAGGAUACUGUAGUUUGGGUGCCUUCUACAUCUGGUAGCUUCAAGAUCGGACAGACUUGGCAUUGGUUGCGAAGGAGACAAGACAGGAAAAUAUGGCAUCGAUUGGUUUGGUUUUCCCAAGCUAUUCCUAAACAUAGCUUCAUUAGUUGGUUAGCUGUGCUUAAUCGACUAAGCACAAGGGCAAGGCAGAAGCAAUGGACCCCCACAAUUUCUGAUACUUGCAUCCUUUGCAAUGGCAGUCCAGAAACAAAUGAGCACCUUUUUUUUAAGUGUAGCUACACAAGACGAAUAUGGCAACAGCUUAGCUCUAUGCUUGGUAUCCCGUUUGCUGACUCUUGGCAAGUUUUAUUACAAUGGAUGGGUAAAAAACUCAGAAGGAAGUCUUUACACAAUUUGCUAAUCAAAUUAGCUUGGAAUGCAGCAAUCUACCACACAUGGUUGGAAAGAAACAGAAGGUUUCACCAGCAACUUUUUAAAGUAGAGAGCAUGAUUGUUCAAGACAUUCAAUUUGAGGUAAGGAGCAAGAUUUUGGGUUUUUCUCGGCCAAACUCUUCUCUCCUACCCAUGGGGAUUGCAUGCAAAUGGGGGCUUGAGACAAUUGUGAAACAUUAACCUUUGUAUUGUUUGUACAGUUUUAAUCAUUCUUUUUGAUAGUUUCUUUUGCUUUGUAGCAGUUUAUUAGCUGCUUUAUUGUACAGACAUUUAUAUUGGAUAAUAAGAUUUACAUUUUAUC